GCAUGUCGAUCCCUGAGCCCAAACCCUAACACCCCCCAAGCACCAGUUUUUUAAUCUUGUCGUUCUUUAUUGAAUAGCUACUACUCUCCUUUGAGAGUCUAAGAAUCUCCGAUCAUGGCAUUCUCUUCUCGUCUUUUAUCGAAAUCAAAACAGUUGUAUGGCAGUGGGAUCCUUUUAAAUCAGCAGCAUGCUAUUCCAGUUUGUUUCUAUGCCAAAGAAGCUGCUCCCUCUAUUCUUAAGGGAGAUGAGAUGUUGAAGAACAUCUUUUUGGAUGUCAAAAAGAAGUUUGAGACUGCAAUGGGGGUACUUCGAAAGGAGAAGAUCACCAUAGAUCCAGAAGAUCCAGCUGCUGUUACGCACUAUGCUAAUGUUAUGAAGACAGUUAGGGAGAAGGCUGACUUGUUCUCAGAGUCUCAACGAAUUCAAUAUACUAUUCAAACGCGAACUAAAGGCAUUCCAGAUGCUCGAACAUAUUUGUUGACCUUGCAGGAAAUACGUACCAAGAGGGGCCUUAUCGAUGAGCUUGGUAUUGAGGCUAUGAUGAUGGAUGCUUUAGAUAAAGUUGAAAAAGAAAUUAAAAAGCCCCUGAUGAGGAAUGACAAAAAAGGAAUGGCUCUUCUUACGGCAGAAUUUGACAAGAUUAACAAGAAGCUUGGAAUUAGAAAGGAAGAUCUCCCCAAGUAUGAAGAACAGUUAGAGCUCAAAAUUGCCAAGACACAGUUGGAGGAGAUAAAGAAGAAAGCUCAAGAAGCAAUGGAAACGCAGAAGAAGCGGGAGGAAUUCAAAGAUGAAGAAAUGGCUGACGUGAAGUCUUUGGACAUCCGAAACUUUCUCUGAAGUUAGCGUAUGGCUUUUUAGAAGUCUGAUUCAAUGUUAAAACUGCUUUUGGGCUGGAAGUGAACAAGCAUCUGUUUUUUUGUAUCUGCGGAAGAGCUUUGCUCUUUUUGUUUGAUAUUAAUAAGUUACCUUUGAUUUUGAUAAGUGCUGGCAACAUACUAUUGUGUUUAUAAAGUCGGAGAAAUGCUAUUGCCAGGUUAGUUCUGGAGAAUCUGUUUAUCUCUGCAGUACGCAGACUCACUAUUGAAUUAAUCCAAUGCAUGAAGAUUGAUACUUUGUUGGA